AUGGGUCGAAGAUCUUUUCCUGAUUAUUCUCCAAAAAAACCUAACAUAAAGGACUCCGAAUUCGUCCACCGUAUCUCAACUGUCAUCAAGCAACGAUGCUAUGAGCCCUUUCGACGGAUUCUGAAGCCCUUCGAGUCCAAGUUCAGACCUGACCAUCUCAUUUGGGUUCUCAUGGAGAUAAAAAAUGAUUACUGCCUUGUCGUCAACUUAUUUGAAUGGUCGUCCAUUAGAAGGAACCUGUCGCUUGAGGCACGCUGUAUCUUUAUUCAAAUUGCUGCAGCCGCAAAAGACUUAAAGACAGCUCAUAUGCUUUUUAGUGAAUUCUGGUCAAAUCCCGGUAUUCGUGGAAGUACCUCGCCCUCCCAAUUUCUUGAAAAAUUAAUAUACACUUACAAGGAUUGGGGCUCAAAUCCCUAUGUGUUUGACAUUUUCUUCCAGGCCCUUGUGGAAAAUGGACACCUUGAUGACGCGAGAAAACUCUUUGAUAAGAUGUUACAUUAUGGUGUUAUUCUCUCUCUCGAUUCAUGUAAUGUGUUUCUUUCUAGGAUCUCAAAAGAUACUGAUGGACCUAAAAUAUCACUGAAGGUUUUUCACGAAUUUUCUGAAGUGGGUAUUCACUGGAAUACCAUAUCAUAUAAUAUAGCUCUAAACUCACUUUGUCAAUUAGGCAACAUCAGAGAAGCUCACAGCCUACUUUUGCAAAUGGAGUUAAGGGGUUGCCAUCCGGAUGCCGUGAGUUACAGCACAGUAAUCAAUGGAUAUUGCAAUCGGGGAGAACUUCAUUUGGUGGUUAAAAUUGUUGAGAAUAUGAAGCAGAGAGGUUUGAGCCCAAAUGCAUUUACUUUUAACAGCAUAAUCCUUCUUCUGUGCAAGGCUGGUAAACUGGCUGAUGCUGAGAAGGUUUUGAGAGAGAUGAUAUCUCAGGGAAUCUUUCCUGAUAAUGCAGUCUACACAACUCUCAUCGAUGGCUUCAGCAAAAUGGGAAAUAUUUCAUCUGUAUACAGAAUGUACGAUGAAAUGCAGAAGCAGAACAUUAUUCCUGACUUGAUCACAUACACUGCUCUAGUUUGUGCCUUUUGCCAGAAUGGGAGAGUAGCUGAAGCAGAUAAGCUCUUUCAUGAAAUGCUUGAUAUUGGGUUAAAAGCGGAUGAGUUUAUUUAUACAACGCUUAUUGAUGGCUACUGCAAGGCAGGUGAAAUGAAAAAGGCAUUCUCUCUUCACACAGACAUGAUACGGAUGAGAUUGAUUCCUAAUGUGGUCACUUACACUGCUCUGGUUGAUGGGCUCUGUAAACAAGGUGAGGUUGAUACAGCAAUUGAGCUUCUUUACGAGAUGUGUGAUAAGGGGCUUGUUCUGAAUGUCUACACGUGCAAUGCACUUCUUAACGGUCUCUGUAAAACUGGGAAUAUGGUGAAAGCUGUGAAAUUGAUGAAUGAUAUGGAAGUAGCCGGGAUAAAACCUGAUGCUUUUACCUAUACUACUCUAAUGGAUGCCUAUAGCAAAUCAGGGCAAAUGGUUAUGGCCCACCAGUUGCUUCAUGAGAUGUUACAGAAGGGGAUCAAACCGACAGUUGUCACAUUUAAUGUUCUAAUGAAUGGGUUCUGUAUGUUGGGAAUGUUAGAAGAUGGUAAGAAACUUCUAGACUGGAUGUUGGAGAAGGAUAUAAUGCCUAAUGCCAUCACUUACAAUUCUAUUAUUAAACAACAUUGUAUUAGAAAUGAUAUGCGGGGGGCCACUGAUGUGUACCGUGAUAUGUUUCAUAACGGAGUGGCACCGAAUGAAAAUACGUAUAAUAUAUUAAUACGAGGGCAUUGCAAGGCAAGGAAUAUGAAGGAAGCAUGGUAUUUGCAUAAGGAAAUGGUCCAGAAGGGAUUUAAUGUUACAGCCGAGACCUAUAAUGCACUUAUUAAGGGAUUCAUAAAAAGGAAGAAGUAUAUGGAGGCCAGGGUGCUUUUUGAAGAGAUGAGAAACAAAGACUUGUCUGCAGAAAAGGAAAUAUAUUGCACCUUUGCAGAGAUUAAUUAUGAGGAGGGGAACAUUGAUUCGACUUUGGGGCUUUGUGAUGAAGCAGUGGAAAAAUGUCUUGACUGCUUGAAUUCGAAGGCCGCUGUCAUGACCAUGUCUAGAUUGAAGUUUUUCACUCAUCCAUAUUCUACCAGGAAGUUGGUGGAAUCCCUUGUACUCUGGUCAGGCAGAGAGAGAGUACAUAUAAGAAUAUUGGAAAUCACAGAGUACUGUCUUGAUAUCUGGAUGGCAGUAUAA